AUGGCGUCGACUUUUGCUUCUGCAGCUCGCCGGUCGCUGCUGACGCUUACCAUUGGCCUUCUGGUCUUUGGCGUGCUUGCAGCCGCUAGGAGUGCUAGCCCCGAUGCGCAGGCGGGGAUCCCAGUUGGGGAGCUGUCUGUGGCCCAGAUCGAAGAGGAAUUGCAGAACUGUCCGCUGGUGGAAUCGCUGAACCAGCAGAAACGGGCUGCCAGUGAGGGGACGACGAGUUUGCUGGCCCAGAUCUUUUCUGUUCUGUUUCCUGGUAGUCCUGCGGUCAAUUCCAUUCUGGCUACGUUGUACAUUUCCGGGCCCCCAAACUUCCUGCUCGCACUAUGCCCACCCAACAUCGACCCAUCAUCUCUCUCGGUGAUGGUUGCGUUUGCAGUGGGUGGCCUUCUCGGCGACACGUUAUUCCACCUUCUUCCCGAGAUCUUCUUGGGAGAAGACGCUCACGACCAUGUGCGAUUUGUGAUGGUUGAGCCGAACAGGAACCUGCUCCUCGGGGUAGGGAUCAUGGUCGGCUUCUUCACGUUUGUCGCCAUGGAUAAGAUCCUGCGGAUUGCUACUGGUGGGGAAGGCGGACACGACCAUUCUCACGGUCACAGCCACCACGAGGCGUCCUCGGCUUCUGCAGUGACCACCGGCUCCGAGUCCAAGGGUGAAUCCGAGCAGAAGGGAUUGAAACAACGUAAAGCCACUGCGGACGUGCCAGCUCAGCCGUCGGCGGAGAAAGAGGUCAGCCAGAGUGUCAAGCUGGGAGGCUACCUGAACUUGAUUGCGGAUUUCACCCACAACAUCACCGACGGGCUGGCGCUGUCAUCCUCGUUCUAUGCGUCGCCGACGAUUGGCGCCACGACCACGGUCGCUGUGUUCUUCCAUGAGAUCCCGCAUGAAGUUGGCGAUUUCGCCCUGUUGAUCCAGUCUGGUUUCUCCAAACGCAAGGCCAUGGGCGCCCAGUUUGUCACCGCAGUCGGGGCCUUCCUCGGCACUUUUAUUGGUAUUGCCGUGCAGGAGUUGGGCGGUGCCUCUGCAGCCGACAAGGCUUCCUCGGACACCUUUGUUGGUCUCUGGGGUACCAGUCUGGCAUGGGGCGAUAUGCUGCUCCCUUUCACUGCCGGUACUUUCUUGUACGUCGGCACCGUCGCAGUGAUUCCGGAGCUGCUGGAGACUGGCCCGGACAGGAAGGUGGAAAUCCGGAAGACCAUCACCCAGUUCUUGGCUGUUGCGGUGGGCGCCGGUAUCAUGCUUGGGUGA